UGCGGAUCGUCAGCGGAUUAAAAAAGUGAAAAGUGAAACUUCUGGCAAUUGAAAAGCAAUCACUUCCAAAUUCUAAAACACAAAACUUUGAAGUAUUUUUCAAAAUUCGAAGCAAGAUGCUGUUCCAAACAGCCCGAAUCGAUCAUUCGGCUGAGCAAAAAUUUAAAAUCAAACAACUUAGGCAGCUGGUGGAGAGGUGCGAGGACCUGAGAGUGGGCACGGAGGACCCGCUGCUAACCAAAUUCCUUCACUACACCCGUUGGGACACCAAAAAGGCCUACCAGGCGAUCCAUGCCUACUAUGACUUCAAGAAACGCCACCCCACUUGGGUGGCCCGCCAUCCCAUCGAGCACUAUCGCCAGCUCUUCUACGGCACCCACUGUCGCUAUGUUAUGCCCCAGGUGGAUCGCCACGGAAGGGUUCUGGUGGUCUUCAAGACGGUGGACGGAUUCCAGGAGUAUCCGGACUACCUGCAGAGCCUCGUCGAGAUGGACGACCUGAUCUUUGAGUCGCUGCUGCUGUUGCCGCGAGUCCAGGAAAAUGGCAUCACGGUCAUUUGCGAUUUGCAAGGAACAAACCGGAAUUUUCUGCGACAAUUUUCGCCUGCCUUUAUGAAGCUAGUAAAUGAAAAAAACGGAGUCCUGCCUUUCAGUCAGCGCAUCGUGCACAUAAUCCAAAGAGGUUUUCUUAUGCACGUGACCUCCACGCUUUUUAUGCCCUUUAUGAACAAGGAGUUCAAAGAAAGGAUCUUCACUCACGAUGGGCGGCAUCUCAGCAAAUUGCGUGAAAUGGUUGGCUUCGAAAGUCUGCCGGCGGAAUAUGGAGGUCCUGCCACAAAUGUCCUGGAUACGAAUUUGAUUUUCAAUCAUAUAAGCCAAAAUGCGGAGUACCUGGAGAAGCUGCAGACCUACGAAAAGCUAUAGGAUUAUCAUAAAUUAAAAUAUUUAAGCUGAAUUCUAAACAUCAUCCAAAUACAUAUUCAUAUUUUUAA